UAUAGAUCCAAUAAAAGAAUUUCAUUUUUAGGAGUCAAUUGGAAACAAAUUCUUUUUUUUAAUUGGACUUGCGGUUGCAAUUCAAUCGAUUCAAGCGCAACGUAGGAUUUUGUAUCUUUUAGUAGUAGCACUCAACGACUGGUUAAACGCUCUUUAAUUUUCAAGUAAUGCAACUCAACGAUAAGACUUAAGUAAACAACAACAAGUUGCAGGUAACAUGGAAUUUAAAAAAACUGUCGAACGUGGAAACUAUUUAAAUGUUGAAAGUGGAACGAAAGGUAGUCGAUUCUUAGAAAGGAAUCAAACACCAAUUCGUCAGUCCUACAUUCGCUCAUCUGUAAUCGCGUGAAACGUAACGCGUGGCGAGUGGGUGUGUGCGAGCGAUUAAAAUCACUGUCACGUAUGCGAGAUCACAAACCACCAAAGUUUUUCAACAAUAUAUGCUGUUAUGUCGGUGAAGAUAUCAAAAAGAUAAUAAACUUUGCUGCAUAUAAUGCAAUUUGAUAAUAGUUUAUGCAGUUGUAUCUUCCAUUAGAAUCUUAUUUCGCAAAGAUGCACUUUUCAAUACCGGAUACUGAGGAAUUUGUGGACGAAGGUGGGAAUGCAUAUGUUGGAUAUAAUAUUCAUAUCAAUGGAUUAUUCCAUUGCACAGUGAGAUACAAACAGCUGCACAAUUUGCACGAGCAGUUGUCCAAGGAUCUAGACAUAUCAUUACCGAUAUUCCCACCGAAAAAAUUCUUUCCCUUGACUAUCAAUCAGCAGGAAGAACGGCGAUUGGCUUUGGAGAAAUAUGUUCAGUCAAUCGGUCAGAAUGUAGCCAUAAACAAUUCUGAGAUAUUAAAUGGAUUUUUAUUAAAUGCUCAACAAGAGACUGUAGGUGGUCUGUCCAAAAAUGAAACCUUGGAUAUAUUUCUCAUGAAUGGCUCAAAGAUUUCGCUAAAUGUUUCUACUGGAGAACAUUCUGGUCAAAUCUUAAAGGCUUUGUGCAAACAUGUAAAGCUAAUGGAUAAAUAUCAUUCCCACUUUGCAUUAUUUAUCAUUAUGCAAGAAGACAAUGGCAACAUCAGAAUAUUACGGAAAUUACAAGAUUUUGAGUCACCGUAUAUAACAUACAAAAAUAUACGUUCCAUGGAUACAAAAGUCGUUCUCAAAAAGAGUUAUUGGGACACGGCGUAUGACAUUGAGUUACUGAACGACCCGAUAGCUCUGAAUCUCUUGUACAUUCAGACAGCCGCGGAGAUUCGCGGUGGUUGGAUCCCGGUGAGCAGGGAACUGCAGCAACAUCUGGAGAACUCGCAGAAAUCCGGGAACAAGGAGGAAUAUUUGAAUGUAGCUCGUACUUUAAAAUAUUAUGGCUACAUACAGUUUGCACCAUGCUUUUGCGAUUAUCCCCAGCACGGUUCGAGAGUGUUACUUGCUAUAGGUAGAAACGAAUUGAAUUUACGCAUUCUGUCGUCGGAGGAAGAGCACGAGGUUGCGUUCAAAGUGUCGCGAAUGCGAUGUUGGCGCAUCACCACCAUGCAAAAUGGGAUGGAGCAUUGCGAGGAUAACGAGUGCAGUUUGGAGUUGUCUUUCGAGUAUCUAGUCGCCAGAAACGAAUUGCAAUGGAUUACGAUCGCUUCGGAGCAGGCGAUCUUAAUGUCCGUUUGCCUGCAGGCCAUGAUCGACGAGCUGCUGCAGAAAUGCGUGGUGGGGAGCAAGACUCAGACGCUGCCUCAGAAGUCGUGGACGUACGUUAUGAGGGACGGCCAGAGUCGCAUCACUAUGGGCUCGCCGUCGCGAGAACGUGCCAAUAACGAGCACUCGACUAAAGCGGGGCCAAUUAUAAAGAAGCUGGCUAAUAAGUUGUCAGCUGUGAGGCUGAGAAAGUCGAGCGACUCGCCAACCGUCGCCAGGAGGAUUCAAGAAACGCACACGAUGGACCUUGACGUCAUGGAGAACAACGCUUUUCGUAUGAUAGGUGAUGAUGAUUUAUAGAGCGAUUUAUAAUUAUCGAUUGAGCUUCAUGGGCGACAAAUGGGCACAGUGAUAUAUAGAGUAACAAAGUAUGCCUUAUACGUAUAUCUAAACGAUAUGGAGAAGAUAUAUAUUUUAGGAGAUUUAUUGCGAGACACUACGAAAUAUUUUCCGACUACUUACAAUUAAUGACCGGUAAUUUUAUCAGAAUUUUUUCAGAUUGUUGUAUGUUGUUACGUAUCUUUCGCAUCAUGUGAUGGUACAUGUGAUUAAAAUGCAUUUAUGUAUAUAAAUGCAUUACAUCUUACAAUGUUGUCAAAUCAUGACAAUGAAUCGUCAUGAUUGGAUAUUGAUUAAUCGUAAAUUAUUAAAAUAAUUAAUUAAUUAAUCGUAAAUUAUUAAAAAUUAUUAAAAUAUCGACUCGUACCAAAAAUAUACGAAAAGAUUAACUCUUGCCAAAAAUUCGCGAGUCAGAAAAUGUCGUUUAAUAAAAAUGCAGUGCUGUGUAAGGUACUUACUGAUAAAAUUGAUAUAUUAACGAAUUAAUCGUGUCUGAGAGAGAGGAUGGAAAGAACGCAUGAUGUUUGCAUAAUGUUUUAUUAUUGUUAAACAAAAUGAUCAAAAAGGCAGCACGUUAAUAUUUGCUCUCGUAAUUAUCUUAAACAGAACUAUCAAUAUAUCUCGCUUUAAUGUUAAAUAGCAAUCAUCCUAUAUGUUGUUAUGUGUGUCCUAUAUCAGACUAUUGCUUUCACUAAAUCAUUCACUCGGGAAACAUACUUCUGCCUUCAGUCUCUAUAUUUCUCAGCCAAACACUGUAAUAGAUCGUACAAUACACAAAUAAGAUGAACGUAAGAUGAGAUAAUAUCGUCGUAAAAAGGAGAAUCACGUGAUUAAAUAUGAAUACAAAGCCAUACCUCAAAAAGUGAAAAAAUAAAAACGGACUUACAAUAUGCCGUUGUUGUACGAAAUACGUAAAUGUAAAUUCUCGCAUGAGACGUGAUCACGCUCACUAAGUGACCGCUAGACGACCGAUAGUUACGUAGAAAAAAAAAAAUGCGUCGGUGUGCUCUUUUGUGAUACUUUUUACGAACUGCAAGUCUUUGUUUCGUAUUCGUUAGUAGACACAAAUCACAAAUUAUAAAUACUUUAAACGGGAGGACUUUGUGAUAGCGCGAGGAAACUGUAAAAAAUCUAUAUAUGUAUAUAUAUAUAUAUAUAUAAUUUAUAAAUCUUUAUAAUUUUAUCUAAAUAUGCAAUUUACAAACACAUGUUAGACCCGCAUUAAUAGCAUCGGCCGACUGUUAAUGCGAGCCUCAGUGUCCCGAUGUAUUGCUAUGAAUUGUGUGAAACGUGUACAAUAAAACCGUAAAAAGCGAUGCGUUGAGAAGAUCGUUUGUACGAACUAAAUUAUUAAAAUAAAAAAAAAGAAAGAAUGUAUAAAGAAGACUCCGUAACAUGAUACAGAUCGCGCUUCGCGCUAUAAAACAAUAUUCGGAGCGUAACGACGUAGUUACGUGGAGCAAUGCAAUGUGUUCUCGCUCGGAAUCUCAUUAAAAUGCUGAGACAAUUAUGCUGUGUUACACUUUGUUCGCAGGGGAUCAGGACUAUGAAUAUUAUACGCUUCGAGUCGUUCGGACCUUAUUUCACUGACAGUGUGCAUACUUUCUAUAUCAAAAAUAUGUCGUUAUAUAUUCUGUAUUAUUAUACUCCCUAAAAGAAGAAAAUUAAGGUCAGUUCUGGCUAUAGCGUUUUAAGUAUUACAGCUCUAUUUCCGCUACUUGCAAAAUAGCCCAACGUCAGCAAA